AUGGUUUCCACUCAUUUCUUCAAUGCAGCCACUCUGCUGCUGGUUUCAUCUCUUGUCAUCGUAUCCGCCAUUGAUUACAGUCAAGGCUCACACCCAGACAUUAACAAACCAACGCCAAAGGCAAAAGAGAAGCCACUUCCCAUCGGAGUUGAAGGCCACAUUCUAUGUAAAUCAGGCACUUCAUCACCUGCACUACCAGUUCAAGGAGCUGUUGCAAGGAUAACAUGUUUAGCUGUUGAUGAGUCCGGUUACGAGACAGCACCCUUCUCCUUCUUGAGCGGUGAAACUGAUAAAAAUGGGUAUUUCUUUGCAACUUUGACUCGUUCUGAUAAGUUACAGCUUAGGCAGUGCAAAGCUUUCCUGAAAAAAUCUCCACUAAAGGAUUGUCAAGUUCCAACGGAUGUCAACCGAGGGAUUGGAGGUGCUGUCCUUGAUUCUUACCGUGUCCUGAACCACAAGAAAAUUAGGCUUUACUGGGUCGCUCCUUUCUACUACACAUCAGACUCAAAUGGCUAUAAACAAUAA